AUGAUAAAGAAAAUUAAAUAAGAAAGAGUUGAAUAAUAAAGUAGUAAUUUAGAUAACUAGUAAAAAUAGUAGGAUGGAGAGUCUAAAGUAGAUUGUCUUUUAAAAAAAUCUGAAAAUUGUGAAUUAAAAACAAAUACUAAUAUAUAUAAUCUAUAAUAUCAAAAAAUAAUGGAAUAAAUUAAAUAAAUUUAUUAGGAAUAAAGUACAACAUAAGCAACUAAGAAUAGUUCAAAGGUAGAAUAAAUGAAACUAAAAAAAGAUAAAACAGUAAGUAAAAUUGUAAGGAAAACUAGAAAAGAAUUAGUAUAAUAAAAAUCAAUGAACUAAACUAAAAUGAAAACAAAAUAAGAAUCAGAAGAUAAAAAGGAUAGAAUUAAUAAUAUAUAAAUGCAUUUCACUUAAAUUACAACUACUUUUUUAUCUAAAUUAAAGUCAGAGUUUGAAAAAGUUGAAAUGGAUUUAUUAGCAUUAUUAAAUAAUUGA